UUAUUAUUUCCGUGCGCGUGUCAUUGAAGAGGGGAUUUUUUAGCAUACACUCCAAACUACAAAUAAUUUGUGAGUGCGAAUAAAAAGUUUUGAUGGAGAUCUUGUUGUUUUGAGAGAUCCUGUGUGUCUCAUAUUAUAUUAUUAUCCACCAGACAGUAGACACACAAGAGACUCAUCAUCACAAUCAUCUCACAAUCGCACCAAUAUCUCAAAGUAUAAAUUUUAAAUUCCAAAAAUAAUAAUAAUAACAAGUAUCAAAAUAAUAGUCCUAAAUUAUUUAAUUAUCCUCUCGUGUAUUUUCGUAAAAGUUUUAAAGUAUCAAAAAAAAAAAUUAGUGUUGUGAAAAGAGAUAAAAAAAAAUAGAUAAAUUAGUGGCUUCUUAAAAAAAGUUAAUUUUCUUUUGAACAUUGAUGAACUGUGUUGUGUUUGUAUAUAUACGAAAGAGGUGUGUGUAUGCAUACAUCCAUUUUCAAAGUUGAUACAGAGACUACGAGAGAGUUAUUUGUAAUGGCCGCAACCUGACCUUCAUCGUGUUUCUGAGAGAGUCACUUCACCUCGAAGAAGACUUUGUGUAUAUCACAUGUAUAUUAUUUGCAUUUGUAUAUAAUAAAUGUGGUUAUUGUGUCUCUCGUUUUAUCAUCAAUUUUUAAUAAUAAAAAAAAAAAAAAAAUCAUAAAAAUACUCAUAUUUUUUAAUAUAAAUAAAAAAUGAUUAAUAAAAUUAUUAUUAUUUAUUUUUGAGUUAUUUUAUUUUUAAAUUGAUGAUAUUAUUGUCAAGCUGUUUGUGUGGUGAACAUAACCCGUCGUGAAGAUCGAUUGAAAAUAACGUGUCUGUGUGUGUGUAUGUGCCUGGUAUGGGUGUCGCCAACGAGGAGAAUCGAAAAAACUAAUAUAAUUUCUUUUUUUUUUUUUUUUUUUUUUCAACAAUAAAAUUUUCAUAUUAAAAAUAUAUUUAAAUAAUUAAUUAACAAUUAGUGUGUGGGUGUUUAUAGAGAUAUAAAAAUAUUAAAAAUUGAAGAAAAAAAAAGAGUUUAAGAAAAAAAAAAAUAAAGUGUGUGUGUGAUUGUCAAUAUAAUAUCAUAAAAGCCAUGAGUGAAGAUAGAGAGGAGGAUUCCCUGAUGGAUUUUUGGUACACUAGUUGGGAACAACAGUGUGUAGCUGCAAUUGAGGAACAACCAGAUUAUGAGACUCAAUUGCACAAUCAAAAAGAAAUUUUCACGCAAGAGAUAUGGUCAGGUUUUCAGACAACGGCAUCGGCCAUUGCUCAGCUUUACAAAGAUCGUUCACAAGGAGCAUCAUCACUCUGGGUGCCUUUUCAGACUGCUGCUGGUACAGUCACAUCACUAUACAAAGGUUCAAUAGAUGGAGUAAGAAGAUUUACAGAUUUAGGAACUGAAGUUGGUAAACAAAAACGUAGUAAAGAACUUAUGAAUUGGGCUAGAAAAAAAAGACGUAUGAUUAGAAGAGAAGAUUUAUUGGAAUAUCUUGCUGGUAAAUCACCACCUAGGUCAAUAAAUCAAAGCAACAUUAAUAAUUGUAGGAGUUCACCAAGAACAAGAAUGAUGGUUUGUGGUUCACCAUCAUCACAAAAUCAAGCAUCAAGUAUGGUUGUAUCACCACCAGCAGUACCAGAUGAUCCAGAUGCAAAUCUUCAUGCUUUUAGAGAAGCAAUUGCCUUAUCCAAUUCACCAAUAUCUCGACGUAACGGUAAACCAUCAGAAUUAAGUUCAUUUAUAAGUAAUGAAUUUGCACGACAUCAUAAACGACCUGCCUCACACGAUGUAGAUAUGGGUUCACCUACACAUAAACGUUCUCGUUUUAUGUAACGAAACGUAUUAUCAUUAAUUCUAGCCCUGUGACCUUUUAAAAGUCCAUUUAAUAAUUAAUUUAUUAAAUUUAAUUGAUUUUAUGCAAAUGAUUCGAUGCCUCAACGAAAAAAAAAAAUUAUAAAUAAUAAUUAAGUAACUGCAAAGAGAAAAAAAUUUUAAAUGAGGCUUGAUUAUUGAAAAUAAAUAGAUGAAAAUUAAAAGCAAAGGAAAUACUUUGGUUGCCAUUUCGUGACAUUUCUCGAUUGGUUUGUUAUUAGACCAAUUAUAAAAUGAUCACACUGUGUGGUUUUUUUUUUUCUGUUGAAGACAUGAAUGCCACAAAAUAACAAAAAAGUAAUAAUUAUAUAUGAAAUUCACAUACAUGAACACUUGAAUAUAUUUACAUAUAUAUAAUAAAAAUAUAUAAAUAAUUGUAUCUAUAAUUUACAUGAUACUUAUAUUUAUAUACAUAUCUACUGUGACAUAUAAUUUGAUUAACAAUAAAUAACUAUCUGGAUUAUGUUUUAAUAAUUAAAUAAAGGUAGUAUAAUUUAAUAAAAUUUGUGUACAAAAAUUAUCAUUUGGUAUAGAUUAUUCCAGACAGUUAUUUAUUGUAUCAUCAAUAAUUAUGUUCAUGUGUUAGUAUAUGAUCAAAAAAAAAAUUGUAUAAAUAUAUUCUCAUUUACUUGAUUGAUUGAGAGUAUUUAUUCAAAGGGGAAUAAAUUAACUGAAAAUGUAUAAUAUUAAAUUUAAAUUUGUAACGCACUGUGCCUCGUUUUGCUUCGGGGUCUCAAGACCGAUCAGAACAUCGGGAAUAAUUCUCAUGAUAAAUUUUUUUUAUAUCUAAAUUUAUUGACAUAAUUUAUUUCUUUUACGUUUUUUUUUUUUUGUUAUUUUUUUAACAAUAUUAAAUGAUAAAUAUAAUUAAAUUGAAUAUCGUGAUUUUAAUUGAGCAGAAAAAAAAAACGCAGGCGUUGUUUUUUUUUUUUCUUUAUUGUGAUUGUUAGCUCAAAUUUUUUUUUUUUUUUGUCAUUAAUCGAUGCCUGUUUUUUUGUUUUUUUUAAAAAAAAAAAAAAUAGUACUACACAGACGGUUAAAAUGAAAUAAUUAAUCAGCUUUUGAUUUAUUAAAUACGCAACCAGUUUUUGGUAAAUAAAAAUUUAAAUUGUAGAAUUGGUUUCUCAUCGAUUGAGACCCGUCAUUCGUCCCCUCGUAAACCACAUUUUUAGACUUAUUUUAAUUUUAUUAAUAGAAUUAUUACUCAGUUGUAAAUACGAACAUACGCAUACUAAUCAAAUUAUUGUCGCGAAAUGAAGAAAUUUAAAAAGAAACAAAAAUGAAAGAAAAAAUAAAUAGAAUCAGUUUGAAUUAAGUAAUUUCGUUAGUUAAUAAAACUACCAUAAAAAUUUAAAUUGUAUUUAAAAAUAAUCAAUUGAUCGACUAUUAACAAAAUAAUAUUUAUCUAAAAAUACUUUUUAAAAAAAAAACAUUCUGCAAUAUUCGGGUAGUUAUAAAUUUUCAAAUUUUUCAUAUUUUUAUUUUUUAAAGAAUUGUGAAAAUUAGUUUUUUAUUUUAAUUGUUUUUUAAAUAAAUUAAAACUAUUUAAAAUUAUAAAUUAAAAUUAUCAUGAUAAAAUAAAAGAUGACAGCGACAAAAAAAGAAAAAUCAUUGUAAAAAAAUUUUUUUAAAGAAAGAAAAAAACAAAAUCGUGUGUGUUAUAGAUUUUACGCGUUAAGUAGGUUAUUUAUAACUAUUUUAUUUUAGUAAUAAAAAAUUUGAUAGAAAGAAUUGAGGUCUGCGAAAUGAAUUUCAUGUAUUUUAAUUAUGAUUUUAAAUUGGUUUUUUAAUUUAGAUUUUUUUUAAAUUGUUAUUUUGUCACAUUUUGUGCUUACAAUUCGAAAUAAGAAAAAAAAGUAAAAGUGAUUUGUUUACGUUGAGUUUUUAUUGAGAAUUAAUUAACUAUAAUUAUAAAUAAAUGAAAUAACAAAACGAAAAAAAAAAAAAAA